UUCUGUUUCUCAACUUCCGUUUUAUUUCCUCUUUCAACGGUACUGACUUUAGCUCCUUUAGCUCCAUGAAAUUGUGACACUUUUAUGAAAUAUUAGUGCAUAUUCCGACAAUGCACAACACAGGGACCAGGCUUGUGUUUCACCGGACGGUCCGCCUGCUGUCACACCGACAUUAGCUCUCUGUGGUCGGCUGUGAGCUCACCAUGCAGCUCGCUCCGGCUAACCAGUCCCACCUGAUCCGCUCCAGUCAGAAGGACGAGUACUACCAGAGCUCCCUGAGGAACACCGCCAACGAAGCCUUCCAGACUCUGGCUGGAUCCAAGCGAUGGCUGGACUGGAGGAGAGAGAUCGAGCUGCUGUCAGACCUGGCAUACUACGGUUUAACCACAUUCUCAGGUUACCAGACCCUGGGCGAGGAGUACGUCCACAUGGUCCAGGUGGACCCCACUAAACACCGGGUCCCCUCCCGGGCCAGACGGAGCCUCUUUGUCCUCCUCCACUCCUUCUUCCCUUACCUGCUGGAGAAGGUGCUGGUGAGCCUGGAGAACGAGCUGGAAGGCGGGGGGGCGAGGCAGCGGCAGGCAGCGUCCCGGUUCUGGAGCCUGGAGGCCUGGCUGAGGAGGGGGGUGCAGAGGGUGGUGGGGCUGCUGCCGGAGCCCCAGAGGAGGGCCUGCCUCCCGGCUGUGUCUGUCCUCCGGCAGGCUCUCACCCUGCUGCAGCGCCUCCAUGUGGCUCUGUUCUACCUCAGCGGAUCCUUCUACCACCUGUCCAAGAGGGCGACUGCCAUCAGAUAUCUGCGUGUGACGGGGCUCCAGGGUGAUGACAGCACCAUCAGGAGCAGCUACAGGCUCCUGGGGGCCCUGUCCCUGCUGCAGCUCCUCAUCACUGUGAGUCUGCAGCUCAACAACCACAGGAAGAAGCAGAGAGCCCGGCAGGAGUGGCAGCUCCACAGGAACCUCAGUCCUCAGCACACACACAGCGGGGGGGGGGCCCAGGGGGCCAGCUGCAUGCUCUGCCUGGAGGAGCGCAGACACUCCACCUCCACGCCCUGCGGACACCUCUUCUGCUGGGAGUGCAUUACAGAGUGGUGCAACACCAAGGCGGAGUGCCCCCUGUGUCGGGAGAAGUUCCAGCCCCACAGACUGGUGUACCUGAGGAACUGCAGCUAGCACACAGACUGGUGUACCUGAGGAACUGCAGCUAGCACACAGACUGGUGUACCUGAGGAACUGCAGCUAGCACACAGACUGGUGUACCUGAGGAACUGCAGCUAGCACACAGACUGGUGUACUGAGGAACUGCAGCUAGCACACAGACUGGUGUACCUGAGGAACUGCAGCUAGCACACAGACUGGUGUACCUGAGGAACUGCAGCUAGCACACAGACUGGUGUACCUGAGGAACUGCAGCUAGCACACAGACUGCUGCACUGAUGUGUGUUAACUCUCUCAGGAACACGUGGAGACACAACAGAACUUUGUGCCAACAUUCUGCAGUUCUUUAAGUAUAAACCUUUAGCUUCUUAUUUUUUUUAUUUUUUUUAUGAACUGCCUCUUUUGUUUAUUAAAUGAAUUAAAAAAAUACAAUUAUAUAAUGAACAAAUAUUGUGUGGUGCCUUAAUUUUGCAGUUUAAUUUAUUACACUUGUAACUUGCGUAUUAUGAAAUGUGUAACAAAAUAGAAUUUGAUGUAUUGUUGAGCCGCAAUGUCAAAAUGACUAAAACAAAGCUGUCCAAUUACAUCUGCACACACUCUUUG